AUGUCGGUACUUGCCAGUGCGCACUUCAAGCUCACCGCGGAGCGACCAAAGCUCGUGUUCAAGUCUACGCCCAAGAACGAGCGGUUGCUGGCCAACUGCGUGCACCUCGUCAAGAAGAAGUUCUACCCGCUGUGGUAUCUGUUCAACGGCCACUUGCAGACGCUGCAGUUGUCCUGGGCAAAUGAGAUGGAGCCCACGCCCGCCAUCGCCUACGAGCGCCAGUUGCUGGAUAUGCCCGACGGCGGAGUAGUGUCCUUGGAUUGGGCGCUAUUGCCGUCGACUACCACGAAGGAUACCAAGGAAUCGCUGGAGGAGCGCGUUGACAGCAACAAGAAGACCGUGCUGAUUCUACCAGGUCUGACGGGUGGCAGCGGCGAACAUUACAUUCGCAGCGCCGUCGAGCGACUGAACGCCUUGGGCUGGCAGUGCGUGGUGUUAAACUCGCGAGGAUGCCAGAACACUCCGCUCCGGACCCCGCGUUUGUUCUGCAUCGCGUAUACGGACGACUUGCGCUACGUGGCUCGAUACCUCGCGGACAAGUACAACUUCGCCGACGAGGCUUUCGUCGGACUGGGGUUCUCCAUGGGCUCGAACGUGCUGGUGAAGUAUCUGGGCGAAGACGGGGAUCAGGCGCGACUGACUGCAGCGAUCUCAGUCGGGAACCCGUUCAACAUGCCCAAGUGCUCGGAGAACAUUGAGGGGCCGCUCUUCAACCGCCUGACGUACAGCCGCGUGCUGAGCGCAGGACUGCGCGACCUCUUCUUUAACCGCAGCAACGCACAUGAGGUGUUCCGCGACUAUCCGGGCAUCGAUGUGGAGGCGCUCAAGAAGGUCACGAAGGUGUCGGAGUUUGACGAGCUGUUCACGAUCAAGCACUUCAACUAUAAGAGCGUGGACGAGUUCUACCAGGACGGGUCGUGCGUCACGCGGCUGCCCAAGGUCACGGUGCCUCUGCUGUGCCUUAAUGCCGAGGAUGAUCCCAUCAGCGUGGCCACCUCGCUGCCAACGAAGGAGGAGGUCGAGGCUAACGAGAACAUUAUCCUUUGCACGACCAAGAGCGGCGGUCACCUCGCAUUCUACGAGGGAAACUACGACGAAGGCGAAGAGGAGAACGUUAAGGCCCAGGAAACCAAGCCCAAGCUGCGCCCAUGGUCCGUCAAAGUCAUCGGUGAGUUUGCGGAGAGCGUUCUCCAGUGCAAGCAGGUGGAGAAAGCCCUAUCGUAA